UUGCACGUGCUGCUUUGGGUUUGACAGACUAUCAAUCAACAUUGACCAUUUCAGUUAAAUCGUCUAGGCUAUACAUGGAAAUAAAUAGGACCCAAAACAAAAACAAUGUUUAUCCCAAUUAAACAACACUGCGAUGCUUAACUCACGUUAAACAACCAAAACUUUUAGAUUAAACCACACAGCAAAUAUAUCAGUAGCCCAUUUAUGACGGCGAGGAGUUGGGUUGCCACGGGAUCACUCGCGGGCUGCCAAAAGAUAAGUCGCUUGUUCACCUGCGCGAGAUGCGCAGCGCAUCCUACCGAAAACAAUCGCUUUCGGAGAAACUGCCGCUCGCCAGAAGUCUCGCCAGUGAUUUUCUGCUCGGGCGCUUGACAGUGGUAUGUGCACGAAUUCUGGACAACCUCGGAGCAGGAGUCCAGUUAAAGAACGUGGAUAUUUUUAAUUAGAGACUGUCUGCUGUAGUCGCUGCUCUCUAGUUAGCGAGUCCGUGUCGGAGAGAGAGGGGGGGUUUUGUUGAUGCAGAGGAGAGUCUCGAUAUCUUAUCUGUUUGCCCACUUCGCACUGAGCAACUCAACGCCGGCGGCAUCAGCGCGCCGGAGGACUGGAGUUCUCGCUCCGGUGUGACAUAAUUCGAGUGCUUUAUUUUAACUGAAACAAAAAGCGAUGACCGACUCCUCGACACCAGACCCCUGCCCAGUGCCUGACCCCACAAUUGUGGAGCCCGUUACUCGGAACGGACAGUGCGCUCCUCCGGAACAGCAGCCACCCAAAAGGGCGAAUUUGGGAGACCCCUUCAACAUGGACCGGGACCAAGAGAUGAAAAUAAGCGACAGCGUAGAGGGUCAAGGCUUGCUGGAGAGCAGCAUGCGGCUGAAACCCCACGAGGCGCAGAGCUACCGCAAGAAGGCAUUGUGGGUAUCCUGGAUCUCCAUCGUGGUGACGCUCAUCCUCGCCGUGGCUGCUUUCACCGUUUCUUUCAUGAGACACAGUGCCUCCGCCUUUGGAUUUGCUUUCGACGCGACGCUGGACGUGCUGUCCUCCAUUAUUGUGCUGUGGCGCUAUAGCAACGCGGCCGCCGUGCACUCGGCCCACAGAGAGUACAUAGCUUGCGUGAUCCUGGGGGUGGUCUUCAUCCUGUCCUCCCUGUGCAUUCUGGGAAAGGCCAUCCAUGACCUGGCCACUAGGCUCCUCCCUGAAGUGGAUGACUUCCUCUUCAGCGUCUCCAUUGUGAGCGGGCUCAUGUGCAUCAUCCUGGCCGUGCUCAAGUUCAUGCUGGGGAGGGUUCUGACCAGCCGGGCCCUCGUCACGGACGGGUUCAACUCCCUGGUCGGGGGGGUGAUGGGGUUCUCCAUUCUCGUCAGCGCCGAGGUUUUUCGCCACGACCCCGCGGUGUGGUACUUGGACGGAACAAUAGGGGUCCUGAUCGGGCUCAUUAUCCUGGCCUACGGAGUCAAGCUGCUGGUCGACAUGGUCCCACGGGUGAGACAGACGAGGAACUACGAGAGGUUCGAGUGAGCGCGCUCAGAACAGGCGGGCCUUGUAGGAGGGGCGGAGCCAUGUCCGUGCGGGCCUUCUCGUGUCCUCCUCCGCACCCCGCCCCCCGCCCCCCAGAAGACUUCAGAGGACAAAUAAAACAUAGACUUUAAGGUGCCAGUGGUAUUUCAGUUCAAAAACAGGCCAGCCAUCACUGUUUUUCUUUUCUUUUUUUUUUCUUUUUUUUUUUAUAUCUCCAAACUCGAUGCGUCUGUAAACAGAUGUUUGGGAAAAGCGGGGAUGACAACCCUCCCGCGAACAGAAGAAGAAGAAGAGGAGGAGGAGGUGGGCGGAGUCUGGUUCAGUGCGCGGCGUUGUUUUGGUGGUGUCCGUCAAGGCGGUUGCUGCAAUCCCUGCUUUUUGAAGGAAACACUGAACCCUUUGUAUGAUAUAGUUUAGGAUAGACUUAACCAUGUCCUUGUGCGUAACCCUAAAAGGCUCCCAUUUGCUCUGUCUUGAAUGAUUAUCCUAAUGAUUAUUGCUUGUCGCGCUUGUCUAUUUAGAACAAAUAGCUUCCCAGCCAAAAAGUAUAACUUGAUUUGCUGUAUUGUAGAGGUGCCUCCUCUGGAAAAAUGUGACUGUAUUCGAGUGGCACCUGUGGUUUAGUGCAGCGAUGCACGCCAGUGCCCCCUAAUCAAAAUAUUUACUGUGCCAACGGCAUGUGUGGCACCACCCCUCUGGGUGGGGGAGAGGUGGGGCUUCAGUGGGUCCCAUCGAGCACAGGCGCCCCCUCUGGUGGAUCGCGGGGCUGCAGCCUGCUGUGUCAGUGGUGCUCCUGGGCAGAGGCUGUGCGGCUUCGCUGGCGGGCAGCCUAGCGACAGCCCAGCGACAGCCCAGCGACAGCCCAGCGAAUUCUCUUCAGAGCACACGACUGCACUCUGCAGAGCUGAUUACAGUCGUCACGGCGAUGAUGAGACAGGAUCACAAACACAAUCGGCCAAAACAUCCAAAUUUCAUACAAGAAAGCAAUAACAUAUUUAAAAAAAUAAUAAUAAUAAUGUGACAAUUCAAAAUGCUGUACAUAACAGAAUUAGCUUUUAGCUUCCCUUUGAUGUGAAUCGGUCAUGUUCUGCCUGUUCCUCUCCCUUCCUAUCCCCGCUUAUAAGAGUCUCUGCUGAUGGUUUUAAUGUGUGUAUAUCAGUGUGAGUGUGAGUGUAAAAAUCUGCUGAUGGGUUUUAACUUGGGUAUAGGGGUGUGAGCGUGAGUCUGAGACGGGGGCGAUCCGGAGGUUGCUUGUGUUUACUUUAUUUCGGCUGAGGUCCCGCUUCUGGGGGCUUCGGUGCUGGCCCGAUGCCGGGGUCCCGUAAUUGAAGGAACUAAAGGGGCAGCCAAGCCACCCCUCUGACUCCGCUUGGGCCCCAGAAAAGCACAAACCGACCCCUGGCAGAACCUGCCAGUCUGGCACAAACCCACAGCUGAGGAACCUUAGCUCCCCAGUAAUGCAGAUAUCAUUGCCCAGUGCACACUGGGAACAAGGGAUUCAUAAUCGUAAUAGUAAUAAUAACACCUUGCACUCACCAUCCACAAAUAUACACAUUUGGACUGAACGCAUUCAAGCAAUGUACAGGCUUAUACAUGAGUGCGUGUAUGUAUAUAGUACAUCCAGUAUGUUUGGCAUUACAAGUAACAUAAAGACAAGGACCUUGACAUUUGAACAUUACCUGUGAUUUUGCAGUCCGUCUGGGAUCCGACGGAUUUUAGUCAGUUUUCAGAUGGCAGACCUAACACUUGUUCUCACCGGGACAGCAGUUAUGGGGGUUAGAAAAUAGAUGUUAAAAUGUCCCCCAAGCGAGUGCUGGUGGUGCCUUGAGAUGGAAAGUCGGCACAUUGGUUUCCAGCGUUUACGUUAUCGGUGUACGACAGCAGAAGCACAAUAUUUCCUAGAUUCUUUCCGCUGCGGAGGACGAUGUAGAUUAAAAUGUAAAUAACAGGCUGCUUUUGGUCACCAUUUUGAAGAGGCUUGCUUAUGCUCUUCCAAUGUGGGAUUGUGUAGUGUGAGUGAUGUCAUGUUCUAGGCAUUGGAAAAAUCAUCGAGAAACAAGGCUGCCAGAAAAUAAGGGGGAACUGCAGUCAAUUAGGGUUUUUUUUUUUUUUUUUCCAUGAACCCAAUGCUACAGUUGGAGCUCAGAGGUGAAAGAAAACAUCUUUUUUAUUUUCACUUUGUGAGGAAGUGGGAAAAGCUCGCUCCUGUGAUGCCGCCAGAGGUGUGAGCCGUGAUUGGACGGCUUCCUGGGGUCGGAUGAGUUCGGUUUCAUCUCACUUAGCAGGUUAUUGCUAUUAUCACAUGUCUCUGGCACAUUUGGCUCUGGCAAAUGAAAGCACACUAUUAGUCUAAAAGGCCAAUAUAAAGAUUUUAAUUAUGUAUGAAUAAUCAAAACAUACUAUUUGCAAAAUGAAAUCUGAGCAGGGUGUGCAGUCUAUGAAGUGAAAUCAGUAUGUUUUGCAUUUAAAUUAUUAUAAUUUUUUAAAAAUUAUUAUUAUUUUUUUUCUGCUUGUGCAUCAAACUUUUUGUUCCUCAGUCAUCACUGUAAAACAUUGGCAUAGUGUACAGAUACGUGCCAAAACCUCAGAAUACCAUUACAUUUGGUACAGUUUAAGCCGGGCCGGAGUUUUGAGAGAGAAGUUCUUACCUUGCAAGUCAUUCUGGAUACUUUCUGUACCAUUUGUUCAACUUUUUUCUUUUUUGGUUGGACCACAACAGCGGGGCCAGCCCUACAAACGCGAAUGUCUGUGAUUGACUGAUUGAGUGACUGAGUGAGUGAAGAAGUCACACCAUUGGUCGGCCGGAUCACGUGUGUUAGGUCCAGCCAUGUACUAGGUUUUAACCUGGUCUUGUUUUUUUUUGUUUCUGAAUUUAAUACCAGCAGCACCUGUUGUAUAUAGGUUACCUGUUGUACACAAUACAGUGAGAUAAACAGAAGUACUUAUCCUGGCAUUACCAGAGUGAGCAGUAGCCUGUGAAAACAAAUUUCCAAAUUUUCAGUGUUAUCACAGAUGAAUAUUUUAGGAACUCUGCAAGAGUUUACAAGGCUCAGUAUUGUGUGUUUUCCCCCAAAGUGGUAGAUAUUCCCGUAAACCUACAUUUAUUGUAAAGUGUGUAUGUGUGCUGUGUGUAGAAAUCAGGAAAGUUCAGUGAGAGUUGCAAGUGCGGAUAAGCAAACACUUUUCCAGUGAACACUUUUUCCAGAAAACACAAGUGUCAUGUCAGCUUGUUUAAACUUGUUUAAAGGCACCAGUUGCUCACAAGUUUGUACUGCCCCCCCCCCCCCCCCCCAAACACGUGCACACACGCACAUGCACACAUGCGUGCACACACGCACACACAGCCAAUAGCACAAUAGCCAAUAGGCAGUACUAUCAGGAAAUGUUAGGUUUACCAUCACAUAACGGAAAGGUCCCAAAAUAUAUUUACUACCGGAUCACAGCAGUCUAGAAUUUCAUCCCUUUCAGAUGAGCACACUCAGCAGAAAUGCAGAACAGGAGCGCAGUAUUGGUUCGCAGCUGAUGGUUGGAAUCCAAAUACAGUUUACUGAGUGCUGGACUAACAUCGACUGAAUACAUACCAGUAAUUCAUAAUACUGACUAAGUGCCUCUGGCUAUUUACAGUGGUCCUGAAAAGAUGGUGAAUCAGUUUAACUCAGUGAAUCAAUAUUAGCAUUUUAUUCUUUUCAAAAACAUUCAUGUUAACUGUUGUAGACAUUUCACACAAUGUGUGGAAUAUGCACUGGCCUAGUAGUUUUUGCGUAAGAAAUACUGCUGGUUGGUUUCACACAAAUGUGCAUUGUUUUGCAAUGGUACAAAUAGCCAGGAUUAAGUCAACAUUUGUACUUGUAUUUAUUUGUUUAUUUGUUUUAAAUUCAAUGCAGAGUAUGAAUGUUGAUCUCUAAUCCUGGUCUAUGAAUAGUAAUGCAUGUACAGAUAUAAUUUUUGAAUCAUUCUUUCAUCUAUCAAGGUUUGAGAUCUAAAAGUCUCAUCUAAAUAAUUGCUUUUAAGUAUCAAAGAGUAAAUCCUGAGCUCUCUUAAAGCUGAAUUAAUGUGACGUCUUUUUGAGAAGGCAUUUCCUGUUCCUACAGUUCUUUUCUCUAAUGCUGAACACGCUGGCCUUGUGUUAGCUCUGUCCUUGGUGUAAAUUCUGCACACACACACACACACUCACGCUCACAGACACACGUGCACACACACACACAGAGACACACACACACACACACAUGCACACAGACACGCACACACACACGCUCAUUCACAGACACACACUCAGAAAAGAUUCAGAUACACAGCAGGUUUGUGUAAGCCUUUAGUCCCCAUUAGUCAUUUGGAAGCUGAGAGUGACACUGAUUGGACCAAACACUGACUCCAAUAGAGCUUUAAUAGGCUGACACAGACACACAUCACCUGCGUGGUUUCACCCCCGAGGAUUCUUCCACUGUAUGUACGCACACGUUCCAAACGCGCACACAGAGACACAUAAACACAUUCACAUGCACCACACACCCAUCGAAAUGUACAUAACACACUCACAUGCACCACACACCCAUCAAACACAGAACCGGUUCUCAGUGUAAUAUAGGUCUGUCAUGAUGUGCAAGAGCAGAAUUUAAUGUAUGAAUGUGAACUUUGCAAUGGUACUACCGAUGAUGUAUACACUAUAUAUUUAUAUACAUAUAACACUCUUACAAGUGAUACUUGUCACAGGAAAAAAGGUUUAUUGAAAAAUAAAGUUCUAUCCUGCUUAUUCAUCAA